AUGUCACCAAAGAAUACAAAUCAAGCUACACCAAUUAAAAACACCCGCGAGAAUCGAACAAACAGUAUCUCAUCAGACAGCGACGACUCGGAUUACGACUUCGAAGAAGAGGAAAUAAUAGCCGAACAACAAAAAUUUCAAGAAUUCUCUCGAGACUUUGAUACCUUUACGCCACCACAAUUUUUUGAGUACCUCCGCGAGCUCGUGAUCCCAAUUCUGGAACUACAACAUCAAAUACGAGCGUUUGCAUGGAUGGCAGACAAUCCUGACGAGAAUUCUAUCGAUGACUUGGUUAUGCAAGAGGUUCAAGUAAACAGUCUUUUUCGAAAUAUUUUUAUGCAGGAUGAUUGUAAUAAAAGUUUUCAGAUCUUGUUACGAUGUUGGAAGUUGUGUCGUGACUUAAGAGAGGAGAUUGAAUCGAUUUCGAGUAGAAUUUAUAUGUUACGCGAAGUUGAUCGACUGACUUAUUAUAACUUAUCGUUAUUAUUUGAUUCACCGGAUAAUGACAUCAGUGACAACUGGUGCAACUUGUUUUAA